AUGGACGCCCCCCGCGAGGACGAUGUUCUUCUCCUGGAGGAUGAGAAGUUUGACUUCGAUCUCUCGCUCUCGUCCUCAAGCACCAAUGAGGACGAUGAGGUCUUUGAGCCCGUGGAGCACAAAGAAAGAUGCAUCGAGGCCAGCUUGGAGCCAGGGCCAGUGACCCCCGAGAAACCUGCCCCGCUGGAUCCCAGCAGCUGGCCCUGGACGCCCCUGACGGGGGACGCAUUCGUGGAGGUGUAUAAAGAGGCCCACCUGCUGGCUCUGCAGAUAGAGGGCGCACGCAAGGACCCUACACUGGCCCUACAGACAGACGUCCUUGCCAUGCCUACCCAGCCCCAGAUCCAGGCCCGGGAGCACUUCCUGCGGGAACCCAAGCGCAAAACUAGCUUGUUUGAGAAAGAAAAGGAAGCAGAGAGAAGCCCUCAGUCGCUCAAGAGGGAGACCUUCUGUGUGAGGCCCGGUGCAGGGCCCCGAGCUCUUCCCCAGGGCCCUUCCAUGCCCCAGAAAAAGGGCACCAGCCGACUGUUACUGCCCCGCGCCCCUCCUCUCCGCCGCGUCCCCGCUCUCCACCGCAAGGCCUUGGAGAAGGGCGCAGCUCCGCAGCCGUCUGGGGGGCGGCUGUCACCGAGUCCUUCUGCCACUGGUGAGACGCCUCCAAAAGGUCCGAAUGAGCCAGCGGCCAGUCCUCCCCGGGAGAGACCCCCAAAUGAGAAGGAGCCCCCCAGGGACCAGCGCUCAGGCGGGGAUGGCACCAGCUUGGGGCCGGGCAAGCGCUCACUGCCUGUCCCUCAAAAGCCGGGGCUGAGGAAGACCCUGUUGAAGCCACCUAGUUUCUCCAGGAAGCCAUUGGCCUUGGGGGCCGCACCCUCAGGGACCUGCGGGACACGUGUCUCCCACUCAGCUGCAGGCCAAAGCCAAGAGCCAAGGCCAGGCGAGCAGCCGGCUGCUGCCACGGACGAUGGCCGGCUCCCCGUGGCCCCUAGCAGAGCUGGCCCCAGCCUGGCCAGACAGCCUGUCUUUUCCCGGUUGUCCUGCCGACAGAGCCAGGGAGCCACCCAGCCCCCCGCCGAGCUCCCCAGGGCAUCCCGGCCUCCAGAGCCUGCAGCCCGGACACCGGCCUCCCGCCGAAGCCUGUCCUGGUCUUCUCGGGCGUCCUCGUCUGGGGGCGUUCGCAGGCGUGAGUCCUCGCUGGGGUCCAGGACAGGGGUGUCGGCACUGACCGAGCCCUUCAAGGUGCCCAGGAGCCCUGCCGCCGUAGCUGUUUCUCGGGGCUUCUCAUCCUUCCUGCCUCGCUGGGGGAAGCCAGUCCAAGGGACCCCCCUCCAUAGCACCCCUGCCCCGUGCGGCAUCACCAGGACCCUGAGUGCCUCCAGGCGCCUGUCGGCCUUGCCCACACCUGCCAGCCCCCGGCUCUCCAGCCUGCCCAGGACCACCCCCAGGACCUUGCCUAGGCCAGCCUCACCCCGGUGUGGGUCUACACAGCAGCUUUGUUCUGAGCCCCGGAGAAAAGGGCCCCCAAGGACGGGCCCAGCCUGGGACAGUGACAACCACACCACGUCCAGCGGCUCCAAAGCCUCCCCCGACGGCAGCUGCUGCACCCCCGUUGUGCUCCAAGCUCUCUGCUUCUCCCCAGAGCCGAGCAAGCAGAAGACCCCGGGGGAGGCACCGGAGAGGGAAGGGGAAGGGGUGCAGCCCAGUGGCCCCUCCACACCCUCCCCAUCAGAGGUGGGUCUUCUCGUGGACAUUGGACCUGACCAGUUGGUCGUGGCCCCCCAAGCCAAGCCCACCCUCGUCGAGGCCCCCCUCAUCGACUUCUGCAGCACCCCCGAGGCCAGCGUCGUGCCCGGGUCUGAGAGCCGGCCCCUCAUUGACCUCCUGGUCAACACUCCCGAGUGGCUCUGGAACUCAAGUGCGCUCAAGUGCAAGCCUAGUCACGAGGUGGUGCAGCUGAUCGAUCUGGCCUCACCUCUGAUCCAGCUGAGCCCCGAGGUGGACAAGGAGAACAUGGUCUCGCCUCUCCUCAAGUUCUGA